AGCACACAAACCAAAUGCUUUAAAGCCAGGAAAAGAAGAUACCAAAACCUUCCCACCAAUUAGAGUUAAGGAACCCAAUUUUUUCAACACUAUUUCCUUACCUCUUCUUCUAACCUUUGCCAUUGCCAUUGCCAAAUCCCAUAACUCUCUAUCUCCAUAGACCCCACAUGGCUUGAUCUUGAUUCUUGAUUCUUUUGUCCUUACCAUUCCCCAUGCAGCCCGCCCCCGAAUCAGGGUCGUACAACCACAGCCACAGCCACAACCACAACCAGAAUCGCCACCAUCGCGACUUUGAAAGUCGUGAUGGGGCCACACGGUACCAUAACAGAAGGCUUCGUGUCGGCCGACAAGACCACACGAACCCUUUAAUAUGGCUACUAGCCAUCAUAUGCACAAUCAUAGCCCUAGCUGUGAUUGUUGCCGGCAUAGUAGUGUUUGCAGGGUACAUACUAAUCCGACCAAGGGUACCCACAAUAAGCGUCACAAAUGCUCACCUAGACAUUUUCCGAAACGACUACACCGGAAUCCUCGAAACCCAACUCCGGAUCCAAGUGAUGGCGCAGAACGAAAACAUGAAAGCUCAUGCAUCAUUUUCCGACAUAAGGUUCAACAUUAGCUUCCAAGGUCAACCCGUAGCAAUGAUGGUUGCUGACCCAUUUGAUGUACCCAAAAACAACACACAGUUUCUUAACUACUUUGUCCAAUCGUCGGCGAUACCGUUGACGCCGGAACAAAUGCAGGCGGUUACUGAUUCUUGGAAGCUCAACUUGGCGACCUUUGAUUUCAAGGGUAAUGCUAGGACUCAAUGGAGGAUAGGACCUUUGAUUGGUUCUGUUAAGUUUUGGUGCUACCUUGAUUGUAAACUCAAGUUUCAUCCCUUGAAUGGGAGUUACAUUCACAAUGCCUGCACCUCCAAAUCAAAAUAAUCAUCAUCAUCUUUAAUUGUUAUUAGUUUUUUUUUCUUUUUUAAACACAAGAAUUUGAACCGGAUAAUUUAAAGUCAAGCGAGUAUAUAUAUAUAUAUAUAUAUAUCUUUCACUGUGUGCGGUUCAAUAUUCAACUUGAUCAACUUUGAUAUGUUUAUUCACCGAUUUACAUAGAUUUUCAUUGAGAUCUUUUUAGAUUCUCUAUGCCUUUAGCAGGUGAUAUUUAAAUCCUGCUAGCUGAAUAGACCUGUAUAAUCUAUGUAUUAUGAAGAAGCUCUUUUUAAGAAGCUUGUGCCUUUAAUGAUAAAUAUAGCAAAAAGGGAAAUAUUCUUCAUUAUUAUGUGUGC